CUCGAACUGUAAAGUGAAAACAAAAGGAAGAAAACGAUUCUCCGACUCCCUCUAAAAGAGAAUGGGGUCGCUCUUCCACAGAACGGUUCGAGCAAUCCAUGCGUCCGUAACACCACCCCGCCUCACCAGAUUCUCUCUCAACCCUCCAACCUCUGUAGAGGUGGAAUUUGCUGAUGGAAGCGUAUACAAUUUGUCCGCUGAAUUUCUUAGAAUACAUAGCCCUGCUGCCGACAGCAAGAUUAGGUCGGUGGGUGGAGAAAAGGUUAUAUUUGGGCGGCGGCAUGUGGGCAUCAUGUCUGCAGAACCUGUUGGGAAUUACGGAAUAAGGAUAAUUUUUGACGACUUGCAUAAAACUGGGAUCUACACAUGGGAUUACUUCCAUCAUCUUGGUACCAACAAGUUUAGCCUCAUGAGAAACUAUAUCAAGACAUUAAAGAAGCAUGGCCUCAGCCGGGACCCUCAGAGAAGAAAAUAGUUGGGAAAGCUCAGGCAAGUAUUCGUCGCACCAUGGUGGAAGAGAUGUCAAUUGCAUAUCAGAUUUGUUUCUAGGGAUUCUUUCCUCUUAUAUUUAUGCAUUUCUUGGUUUCUCUUUUUGUCCCUAUGACCAAAAAAAAAAAAAAAGAGGAAAAGAACUGAUAUGUUGGCAAAGCAUCCUGUUUCCUGUCCACAGCUAUUUUGAGCCUUGCUCAUUUCAGUCUUCAACCUGCCGCACAACCAUUUUAUGGCAUUCUGCUGUAACUUUCUCCAUCUGGAAACAACUGUUAAAUUCACUCUGGAAAAUACCUGAACUUCCCCAUGUUUUGGAACUAUGGUCGGAGACAACCACUUGACUAGUUAUGGAUUUUAGGUUUGAGCUAUAAAGGGAACCUUUCUGACAUUCUUUUUAUCUUCAUUUUCUAUGAACUUUGCUGGAUUCGUUGUGUAUAUUCUCCUUUGCUUCAUAUCAAAUCUAAUGAUAGAUUGAAAACCCAAAAGUGGGUAGGUGCA